GGUCAUGGGGCGGGGAGGGCUUUCACACAUAGACGGGAAGAAGGUUGGGAGCCACAAAGAGGAAAGAGGAGGAUCGGCGGAAAAGAAAGGAUUGGCGUGCGAGAAAAGGAAAGGCGGGGAAGGAAACAUUGCAAGGAACGAGUCUCCCUCUCUCACUGCGUAAUUUUCUAAAGAUUACCGGAGGCGAACGCGGAAGAAGAAGAUUAGGGUGGAUGAAAGAAAAGAGUCAGCGGAAAGGGGAAGUGGAUUAUCAGGAAGUGGAUCAUCGCAUGGGACAAGGCAAACACGAAAUGGAAAGAGAUGAUAGCGGACUGGUCUCUUUUCUCUUAGCCUGCUAAGCCUCGGUUGGAUCCAGGUAUUGAAACCCUAGCUUUGAUUUGUGUUUGUUUUUUGGUUGGUUUGUCAUCACAAGAGAUGGAUGCGCUUGGCCAGCUUGUUUUUCGGCUGAUGGAAAAGUAUAGUGUUCUGCCAUUCCGAUCACAGUGGAUCCGCUGGUUUUGCUCCGGAGAUUGGUCUUGUUUUGCGAUCUGGAGUUAGCUUUGUAAAUUGAGAGAAGAAGAUGGGGAUACAGGUUUUAGGGCUUGUUUGUCUUUCUCGGAGAGGGAUGCCUUGUUCCAUGGUCUUUAGAUCUGCCCCUUAUGUUACCGGCUGUAAGUCUGAGUAAGACGAAGUUCAACCUGGGCGAGGCCUUAUUUGGAUGAGAUUUUGCUUUUAUCAUGGAUUUAGGUCUAGUUGCUGGAUCUGGCCUGGAAUGGAAUUAUGAAUGAAGAUCCUGUAUUGGCGCACGUUUAUAAUUUCCCUGCUGCAGAUUGGGCUCUUCCACCUCCCUUUAUGUAGUUCACGUUCUGCUCUUUAGUUGUCAUCAGACUUCCUGCGUAUUUUUUAGACAAUAGCUUUUGGUGGUUGAUGGCUGCUGGCUUGUCUGAGAGAUAAUGCCUCGGUCUUUUUUCUGUUGCUUCUGCAGGGGAUCAUUUGUUAAUGCCAUAUUUGCAUGAGAUGCUUCUUGCUCUUGUUGAUGUCUUCUCUUCUCCAAUUUGAUUAUAAGUUCAUCUGAUUUGGGGCAGGAGACAACAUUUUCUUUUGGGAUUUUGGUGACAUAUAAAUUGCAGUCUAUCACUAUUCUGUUAGAACAUGAUGUGAUUAAUCGAUGAUUCACAUUUGUACCUGCCAUAAGAGGUUUACCUCCUCCCCCCUUGAGAUUCCAGAGGGUCAAGAAAGUUCAAGAUCUUGCAGCAGCUGUGGUGGAAUUUGUUCAGUUGAUGAACCUGGUAGCCUAUCAAAAAGGAUGUGGAGCACUUUGGGAGCAGAGUUUUCUGGAGUAAUUGAUCCUCAAUUAAAAUGGAAGACGUCUUCGAAUGGUAAGCAGAGGGCAUUAAGGAGAGCAAGAAAUUUUACUCAAGAUAAUAGAAAGAAAUACACAGUCAAGAAUAGGGAAGAUAUUGAGGAUCUUUCUGAUGAAACUUCAAAGAAAGAAGGGGACAUGCUGGUCUCUGAGUCUGAGAAGUUUGGCGUUAGUGUUCUUAGUCGGCGUUUCAGUGAUAACUUGGAAAGUGUUCCAAUAAAGAAAAGGAGAUUUUCUCUACUUCCUUCUAAGUCCACUCCACUUAUAUUGUCAUCUUCUGGGUUUCGUGAUCACAAUUAUGAAAGUGGCCCCGCUUUACUUGAAAGCAGCCAAGUAUCUCUUAAACGAGAUGAAUCUGGCAUGUAUUCUUCUAAUGGAUUGGAUUGGAGUCAAAAGAAAAGUUCUGCUGACGAGAAAAGGUUCUUGGAAGACAUUGAUGAACGUUCAGGUGAUUCUGCUGAUUUUUCUGGUAUUUCUAUCCUGGCAGCUGCUGCUUGUUAUAGUAGCAUAGAGAGAGGAUUCAUGGAUGGUAGGAGUUCAACAAUUAAAGGACAUUCAUUUGAUGAAAAUCCCUCAUCAUUAAGGUUUUCAGAAUCACUUGAAGGUAUGGACCAGCCAUCCAAACUUGAACUUGGAAACAAACCAAAACCAUCAAUGACAUCUCUUGCUGCUGGUGAAUCAUGUGGUAGAGAACCAGAUCAAAUAAGGUUUGAUGAAUGCAAGAGAAAGAAUUAUGUUGGUUCCUUGCAGAGUUUGUCAAGCAAUAAGAAAUUGGCGCUUAAUCGUGAUGAUAGACUUCAUUGGGAUCUUAAUACAGUUAUGGAUGUAUGGGAAACCCAUUCAGAUGACUUCUCUAUUUCUGAUCCACUUCAUUCUCAUGUUAAAAGUAAUGGGAGUCAUGACACAAUUUAUGGAAACCAAGGACUUGGUCAGGAUGAAGCUGUUUUUGGAAUUAACAAAGUUGGAUUGAUAGCUGCUGAUAAUAAAGAUAUUUCACAAUGUUUUGAGGAGGGAGAUGGAAAGCAUGUUAGCCGUGUGGCAGAUUGUGAUAAAAAAAAAAGUGGCUUACCCGGGACUCAAGUCUGUGAAUCUUUGCAGGAAGAGUGCCAGUUUAAGGAUGCUAGGUUCAUCAUGGCAAAUGCUCCUGAGAAAACAUGUCCUGCAGGUGGUGGUGAGAAUUGUUGCAUUGCUACAAUAAAUGCUCAUCCCAUUAAAGACUGUGCGCUAUUAGAUAGGGACCUCUCCACAAAGGCGGUUAAUGCAUCUGAUGAGAAGUAUAAAACUGAUAAUGUAAAUUUGAGUGUGGAAAUGUACUCUCAUAAUGCCCUUCCUUCUCUGAACGCCUUUGAUCCAUUUGCUGAGGACAAAAAUGUCAAUGAAAUGUUGCAUGAUGAUAACAUAGCCAUUGAUACUGUAGGUUGUUCUAAUGAUCAUUCUGGAGAAUACCACCCAUUAUAUGUUGGGGAAGGUAAUCUUCUGAGGAGUCCUCAUUCUGAGAAGCAUCAGUCUAUAUCUGCUGAUGUAACUCUCAGUAUUACUGUACAAAAGUCACCUGCUGGACAACUUGAUCAGAGCACUUCUGGAGUUAUUAUUCAAGAAGAUGAAAAAACUCUUCAGGUAUCGCUUGAUGGAUGCAGUUCCAAAACCAUGACAACUUAUGGCUGCCUGGCAGAUGAGACUGCAUGUACUGAUGAAUUUGGUAAAGCCUAUCCUCAUUUGAAUCAAUCUACUGCCUCUUUUGACUCUAAAGGAACGUCCUAUAAUGAGCAGCUUCCCUCUAUAAAUGCAUGCAAUAAUAAAUAUAAAGUGUCUUCUACUGAUUUGAAGGUUGAUGACUGUAAAUCUUACAUUUUUAGUGCUGAAAGUUUGACUGCAAGCACAGUUGCUUCACUUCACACUUCACCAAAGCUUACCAAUUCAAUAUCAGAAGGAUUUUUUAUGGAAAAAGAUGAAAUUCCUUUAGCCGACAAUACCUUAAUUUUGAAUGAGGAAUCUGAAACAGUUGCAGAUGGUCAUGUGCAGCGCUCGGUUAAGGAUUCAUUAGAACAUUUUGACUCGGAACAUUAUUCAGAUGCUUGUCCAUUUGAUACUGAUCAUGCUACUGGAUUGGAAAAGAUUGACCCUCUUGGAGAUGAUUGUUCUCAAUAUGAAGAUGGAGAGUUGAGAGAAUCUCUUCUAAAUAGUUGGGAACCAGGAGUUGAGGAAGCGGAAACUGAACACGUGGACUAUGGGUCAGACUGUAGAGAAGUUGAUUUUUUUGAAGCUGAGUCUGAUUUUUGUUCUCCAUCUGAAUUGGCAGUUGAAACUAUAGAACCUCAACAUGAAGGGAAGUUGGUUUCUACUUUCAGUGAUGGAAGUAGAAUGAGGGUUUCAGAAGAUGAUUCACAAUCUAAAUGUUUUCAAAAGCACUUUUUGACGAAAGAUGCUUCAAAUGUCAAUUAUGUUGAGGAAUCUGCGAUGAAAAUUAUGGAUGUAAGUGUUGUGAGUGAAGUGCUUGCAAGAGAUGAAAACAGAUUGCUGACAUCUAAUGUACCUACUGUCUCGAGUGAUGUUCCUGGGAAAUCAAUUAAACAAGACAGUUCUAGACCGAAGUCUUCAGGAUGGGACAAAUUGCCUCAAAGGGAAGUUGAUGUACUUUGGAAUCACGAUGGUGCUUCUGUCACAACAUCAGUUAAAGGUGAAUAUGCUAGAAGAACGGUAGUUUCGUCGGUCAAAAAGGUUGCAUCUUCAAGAGUAGAAAGAUCAAAAUCUUCUGAAACAUUAUAUAGAAAGGAUGCAUCUUAUACAAUGGAAAACAAGGAACUUGGCCACUUUGCUUUAAGUGCUGAAAGGAGUACUAAUGCAAGCAGAUCAACUGGAAGGAGCAAACCACCUUUCCGUUCUCAUGGUAGAGGAAGAGUCGAGUGUUGGGUGGGUUCUCCAGAGCAUCGUGGUAGUUGUCGUUUUGAUACAUCUGGGCACUAUUCAUCUCUCAAUUUUGCACCACCUAGUUCAAGGAAUGCAACUGCAGCUGCUGUCGCAAAGGUGGAAAACAAUGGCUUCGUUGUUGCGCCUGAUGGCACAAUUGUUAAAGCUGUUAGUAUGGGACCAGGAUCCCAUUUAUCUGGCCGUUGCUCAAAUUCUUCCGCUCAUUUACAGUCUACAAGAAGGGGAUCAAUCAUGGAGAGUGAUGCAGCAUUUGACAUGUCUUCUGAGCCAAGCAAUUCUACUAGAGAAUUUAGCCCUGAAAGAUGCUUUAGUGUUGGUAGGGGAAGAGCGAGUAGGCGUGAUUCAAAGUUCAUCAGCCUUGGUCAUAGGAAUAUGUAUCAGGCUCCUAUGCUUGAUCGCAGGAUUGACCCUCUAUCAUUGCCCCAUCCUUCAUCUAGCAGGCAGAGGAGCUUUUCUCCGCUGAGAAGGCCCAAUCAUUUAUCGCGCGAGCUUACGAAAUCACCCACAAGAUCUAAAACACGCUCACCCCAUACUUGGACGCCUCCGAGAGGAAGAGACAAUGGCCGGAUACGAAGGAUCCCGAGAAGGAGAUCACCGCAGCACCAGUUUAUGCAUGCUGAAGAGUUAUCUUCUCACGCUCCUUUAUCUCGAAGUCAUUCUUCACCACCACAUGCUUCAAGAUGGUUUGAAAACGAGAGAAUCUUCCAUGAUCACCUUGGGGAGCAUCAACCUAGAAGUCGUCCUCCUGGGAGAAGCCCGCCAGCCAGAUUUUUCUCCCAGAGCAAUAGGCUUGUGAGGCCGGAUGAUUGCUGUCAACCAAUUUAUUCUGGAAGGUGUUAUGAUUAUACUGACUUUGGCAGGGGAAUGAGGCAUGAUAGUAGAAAUGAUGGCAGAAGGGGGAGAAGUCAUAGAUAUGAAUCAUUGGAUCCUGAAGAACGUUUGGAAGGUAAUGGAAGUAGAACCAGGGUUCACGACCUUCAACCGAGGCCCUCUGUAUUUCAGCGGAGGGAGAGUCCGAGGAGAUUUGAUAGGAGCAUCGAUUCUCAACGUAAAGAUUCACCUCGAAGAUACAGAGGAGAGAUGUUCCAUUUCCGACGAGGCGGUGAUGGAAAGUUGAAUGCGGACUACAAGCCAAUUGGCGUUCGAAGCACCAGUGAUGAUAUGGAUUUGCAGAGAAGGCCUUCCUGAUUGGUUGUUUUCAUCUAUUUUCUUUUCAGUCGGCUGGAGAUGCUGCACCCAGUUUUUAUUUUUGUGAUGGGAAGAAAAGCAUCUCAGGCUUGCGGUUAUUAUUCCAUUUUGCGGCGCUUGUAAAUAGUCUAGAAUCUAGAUCUAGAAAUUCAAACUUCUCUCUUUUUGUUUUCUAUUUCUUUGGUCCGGUUUUAUUUAUUUUUCCCUCUGAAGGCGGUAGGUAGAUAGAGUG